UCAAUAUAAAAUUGGUGGAUAUAGAGGAUUCGUCCAAAUCCGAAUGUAGUUUUAUUACGCGUUACCAUUACAUCAGUUGUAAUUCAUGAGUAAUGAGCAAAUAAUAACUCCUUUUAAAGAUGGAAACGUUCUCGAUUUGCGUUGUAGUGCAGCCUUGUCCUUUUGACCGAUUCAGGCCAUUAUUAUGACCAACCCGCGUACAAAAACUUCCAACGUGUUAGCCAAAUAUUAUUAACUCCCGAGGGCCAGACAUUGCUUGUCAGAGACAUGAACGCAGACGCACCGACAUAUCUAAAUAGGUUCAGAAUUUUAUAAUGAUCAGGAAUAUAUAUAUAUUUCCUUUCAAGUUUAUUUCUGCUAUGCAAGUAUUUUAACAAAAUGUCUAUUUCCCUAAUGUUACCUGGGCAUAAAAAGAGCUCCCAAAAGUCUACCUUAUUUGCAGAAUUUUUUCGUGCCUCUUAUGUGGUGGAGCAAUUUCUUAAUAUAGUUCGUAAAGGCAUUCAUUUUCAAAGCGUUUCUUUUCAAUUUAAUUUUUUUCCAGUGGAGCCCAAAUUUAGCGGUCCUAUAGUUAACGUCACUGUCCCUGUAGGUCGUGAUGCCUUCCUUACCUGCUCAGUGCACGAUUUAUCAAACUUUAAGAUAGCUUGGCUUCGUGUGGACACUCAAACUAUUCUGACCAUACACAAUCAAGUGAUAACGAAGAACCAACGCAUUACUUUAACUCACACCGAACAUCGUAUCUGGCAGCUGCGAAUACGCGAUGUAAAAGAAUCCGAUCACGGCUGGUAUAUGUGUCAAAUUAAUACGGAUCCUAUGAAAAGUCAAGUCGGUUACUUAAACGUUGUCGUACCAGCCGAUAUAGUAGACUAUGAGACAAGUCAUGACAUGAUCGUGGAGAGACAGCAAAAUGUGACUUUAGUGUGUACGGCGAAAGGCUCGCCGGAGCCCUUAAUAACAUGGCGACGCGAAAAAGAUCAACCCUUAUACACUACAGCGAAAGGUCAAGUGUUUACUAGUGAAGGCCGAAAUUUAACUUUAUGGCAGGUUACGCGUUCUCAUAUGGGUGCCUAUCUCUGCAUAGCCUCAAAUGGCAUACCACCAACAGUUAGCAAGCGUAUAAUGGUGCUAGUAAAUUUUUGUCCUACGAUCUGGACCCGCUAUACAACUAUCUAUGUAAAUUAUCGACAACCUGUAACUUUAGAAUGCAUCUCUGAAUCACAUCCGAUAUCAGUGAAUUAUUGGCUAAAAGGUACCGAAAUUAUAGAAGGUGGCACAUAUGAAUCGGUUAAUGAAAAGCAUAUCUAUAAAAUAAUUAUGCGCUUAACGGUACAACCUACAAAAGUUCAAGAUUUUGGGGAAUAUAAAUGCAUAGCAAAAAAUCAUUUGGGUUUUGUAGAACAAACUAUCAGAUUACGACGUAAGUCUUGUUAAGAACAAGAAAAAGAAUGCAACAAUUU